UAUGUUUUCCUAAAAAUACAUAUAUAUUAUAAUUUCAUCGCGAUUAUGGUGACAGACGAUUAACGCAACUUAAGCGAUUUUCAAAAUAAUGCAAGGAAGUUGAGAAACAAAACGACGUGGAUAUUACCUUCGACAAACAUUUUGGCAGCUCAAUGAUCCCAAUCAUCAAUGAAAUUGUAAUUCUUGCGAUUCUUUGUGCUGCCACGAACGCGAUGGAAACGCGAAUGACAGAUGUAAUGCAGCGUCACGUGAGAAGCCUAUCUUUUCCGGAAGACAGCAGGAUGGGGUUAUUUUUCGCCCUGGCCGUUCCUCUGGAUGAUCCGGAAUCGUCGAUGUCGGUGGCUUUAUUUUUCGAAGCCGAAUACAAGUUGCCGACGAAUGUGAUAGAUAUCGAAUUGCCGAGUAAAGACGGCGAUGACAGGGCUAGAAGGAACACCGAUCGACGGAGGACCAUAAAUCGUACCAUGAUUUACACCAUGCUGGAAUCGAAAUUUAAAUCAAUGGGCUAUCCAGGACGUCAAUGCCUCCUCAGAUCUAUAUGUGAGACCAAGCGACGAGACGUGCACAUUCACAACGGGCUUCUUGGCGAUCUACUGCGUAUCAUAUUCACACCAAGUUCAUCUGCACUCGAAGAUCUUCGCCAGGAAUACAUCGACGCGGAGAAUGUUAAAGAGUCGGUGGAAUGUCUGAGAAUGUACUCCUGUGAACUCAACAUUUACGACUUCAUAACUUUUCCGGAAUUGUGAAGUUUUUUUUCCCGGGAAGUGCGUUGCGCGCGUACAGAAUUUUCCAAGGGCGCAUCCACGUAGAAGAGCAACCUUAUUUUCACGCGACUUGAAUAUUUCCGCUAUGUCGGUGCAUGUGCGCUGUAAGGGCUGCUUUUGUGCUGAUUCGGCACAAUGUUCAAGUAUAUUUUUGCUGCUUCUGUAUCACGAUCUUUGGUAUAAAAAUAAAUAAAUAAAAGAAUCACGGA